UCUCUCCCCCCUUAUCGCUUCUCUUUUUAUUUAUUUAUAGAAACCAGACAGUCUCUGUAUUCCAUUCUUGAAGUGAUUCCCAUGCUUGUUUCCUCUACAAAUCCAACCAAUCGUCUGAUAUUUCUCAUCAAUUUUCUGUUUAUUUCUCAGAAAUCUCUUCUGGGUGUGCUGUUUUCAUAAUCAUAACACAAGUUUUGUCCACUUUAGGGAAGAAUUCGAGCUUGAGCUUUGCUUGAUUUUGUUGGAAAAGCUUAAUACGAAUUUUUCGAUGAAUAUUCGUGGUUGGGGUGAAGAUUUGAAGCAAUUUCAUUAAUUUUCUUUUUUCGAUAGUUUGUUUGAGUUUUUUGAAAGUGGGUAACGAUGCGUUCCUUGUUGCGAUUCAUCAAGUCGACAACACGUAAAAAAUUGCUGCUCAAAUACGACCAGUUUUCGUUCACUGGUGCUGUUAAUUUCCGAGCAAAGCAGCAGAAGUUGUGCUAGAUUUAGAUAGAGAAGAAAAGGGAGUUUGAUUUUUGUUUAAUUUUACUAUUUGGUUCAUAAAGAGGCAACCUGUUUGAUAAAAUGCCGCAUAGAACCACUUACAUUUUUCCGAGGCAAUUUCCUGAAAGUGGGGUGAUCACGAAUUCGUCGUUGAAAUCUGAAGAUCACGAGAAGAAGAUCAUCUCGAAAGAGAAUUCAAGGUUCAUGAUCGAUGGCGAUGGCGAAAGGGUAACAAAUACAGAUGUAUUUGGACCUACUGCUUUACUAUCAGAACGACAUCGUUUCAGUAGCUGUAAAAGCGACCGGAGCCACGGGAAGAAAAAGAAGCAGCAGCUGGCCGCUUUCGUUAAUUGGUUGGUGGAGAAAAAAACUAAUUCCGGUGGAGGUUCAGGCUCCGGUCACGUGAAGCUCAACAACAACGACGUCGUCCUCAACGAUCUCUUGCCGGCGACGGUGAAGGAUAUUAUCGACGAUGACUGGCAUAGUCAUGUCUCCGACGUCGAUUUUCAUCAUCCAACCACACGGCAAAGCAUUGGUGCGAUUGAUCGGCAGAUUAGUAAUGAGAGUGGUCAUUUCUCCGGUGUUGUUAGAGACCAUCGGAGUUUGGGCGACCGACAGGUUUCUCUGCACCGGUUAUCAAGUGAUGCCGGAAGUAGUUACGCCGCGAGUUUGUUCUCCGGCACGAUCGCGACGUCGAGCUCUGCCGCUUUUGUUAAGGAUUCAAUGACGGAAGAGACGAUGGGGAUGAGGGAGGAGGAGGUGGUGCAGGUGGUGGGGAAUAGUGAUGGUGGUGGAGGAGAUGAUGGUCGUCGGAAUCUUGUUCAAAGAUGGCGUGAAAGCUAUUACUUGCAACUUGCGCUAGCAAAACGGCUAACCCAUCAAGCCACCAUUGGUGACGAACCUACACUUAUUCAAGGACGUGGCUAUGGCGGUGGUGGCGGCGGACCCGCCGUGACGUGCUAUGAUGCAGAAUCCGUCUCGUAUCGUCUCUGGGUUAACGGGACUCUAUCAUAUAAUGAUAAGAUAUCAGAUGGGUUCUAUAACAUCCUUGGAAUGGAUCCAUAUAUGUGGAUGAUGUGCAAUGAUUCUGAAGAAGGCAAACAUUUGCCGUCUUUGUUAUCACUGAAAGCUGUGAAUCCAAGUUCUACAUCAAUGGAGGUCGUUCUUGUGGAUAGAUAUGGUGAUUCACGGCUAAGGGACUUGGAAGAUAGAGCACAAGAGCUCUAUUUUUCUGCAGAAAACCAUCUGAUGUUGGCUGAAAAGCUUGGAAAACUUGUUGCUUCUACUAUGGGGGGAUCGUUUCCGAUAGAGCAAGAUGAUCUCCAUGCUCGAUGGGAAUUGGCUAGCACGAGACUGAGGGAUCUUCAGAACGGCAUUCUGGUGCCGGUUGGCAGCUUGUCUGUGGGACUUUGUAGGCACAGAGCUAUUCUUUUCAAGAAAUUGGCUGAUUAUGUGGGACUGCCUUGCCGAAUAGCUCGAGGCUGCAAGUAUUGUGUUGAAGAUCAUAGAUCCUCCUGCCUUGUCAAAAUCAACGAUGACAAGUUCACGAGGGAGUAUGUAAUGGAUCUAAUCGGGCAACCGGGAAACAUCUAUAAUCCGGAUUCCUCUAUAAAUGGUGAUAUACUUUCUUCGGUGCCUUCACCAUUUCAGAGUUCUCAUUUGAAGGAGGUUCAACAAGUUUAUGUGGACCGAGCAUCGAUUUCUCAAGUCAAGACCAUCGAAGGAGGACCUCAUGUAUCCGAUGAAGAAAUUGGCCUUAACGGAGAGCCUAAGGAGAUGACAUGUGUACCAUUCGAUAAGAACUAUAGAAUUUGUGAGCCGAUUGAAACGCCAAAAGUUAUAUUCGGCCAAUCAGAGCAGUUGAAGGUCGAGAGUGAUGGCAAAUGUAGAGGCAACUUUCCUGUGACUACUCCAAGGUACUUGACCCUUGAGCCAUCUCUUGCAAUGGACUGGCUUGAGAUAGCUUGGGACGAGUUGCAUAUCAAGGAGCGUAUUGGUGCUGGCUCGUUUGGGACGGUGCAUCGUGCAGAAUGGCAUGGAUCGGAUGUUGCUGUAAAGGUCUUGACAGUCCAGGACUUUCAAGAUGAUCAAUUGAAGGAGUUUCUUCGGGAGGUUUCAAUUAUGAAACGAGUACGCCAUCCGAAUGUGGUUCUGUUCAUGGGUGCGGUCACUGUUCGUCCACAUUUCUCAAUUGUGACGGAGUAUCUACCUAGAGGUAGUCUAUUUCGCCUUCUUCACCGUCCUGCAGCUGGCGAAAUUAUGGAUCAAAGGCGACGUCUACGCAUGGCUUUGGAUGUGGCAAAGGGCAUCAAUUAUCUUCAUUGUCUUAGUCCCCCCAUUGUUCACUGGGAUCUCAAAUCUCCAAAUUUGUUGGUGGACAAAAACUGGACUGUCAAGGUUUGUGAUUUUGGGUUAUCGAGAUUUAAAGCGAAUACUUUCAUAUCAUCGAAAUCUGUUGCUGGAACUCCUGAAUGGAUGGCCCCUGAAUUCCUCCGAGGAGAGCCCUCGAAUGAAAAAUCGGAUGUUUAUAGUUUCGGCGUGAUCUUAUGGGAGCUAGUGACCAUGCAACAGCCAUGGAACGGACUUAGCCCUGCUCAGGUUGUCGGAGCGGUGGCUUUCCAAAACAGGAAACUAACGAUACCUAUCAACACCUCCCCGGCGUUAACUUCGCUCAUGGAAUCUUGCUGGGCCGAUGACCCUACUCAACGGCCAGCUUUUAGAAGCAUCGUUAACUCGUUAAAGAGGUUACUUAAGUCUCCAACGCAAAUGGGAGGUCCGUGAGGACGACAUUCUAAUCUUUCUUCGUUUUUCUGAUGAUUUCUAACGCUUUUUAUACCAGAGUACCCAAAACGUGAAACGGGUGUGCUUUUUUUAGCUUCUAUAAUGAAAGAUCUUGGUUCGAUACCGUAAAUCAAAAAUCCUAGAAAGGAUCAACUAGAAUAUGUUGAAACCAAAGAAGUUUGUAUUUCAUGAGUCUUUAAUUCUUGAGAUGAAUGUUGUUUAUAUAAAAUUCUUCUUAUUGAUCUCUCUGAUAAUAAUCUUUGUUCAAAUUGUACAAAUUAUUAUUCGAAUGCU